ACAGGGUUUAAGCGUUUAGUUGCAGAGAAGCCAUAGCCAGAGCUAGUCAGGGGUUUAAGCUCAGAGAAACAGAGAAAGAGAAGAAAAAAAAAAACAUAAAAAGAAACAAGUAAAAAUGGGAGGAGUGAGAGAUGGGAUAGUGAAGAAAGGGAAAGGAAUUUUAUUGGGACAAAUGGGAUUCAACAAGGGAGGUGGAAACAUCAACUGGUUCCCCGGUCACAUGGCCGCCGCCACUAAAGCAAUCCGCAGCCGCCUUAAGGUCUCCGACUUUGUCAUCGAAGUUCGGGAUGCCCGUAUACCAUUGUCAUCGGCAAAUCAAGAUUUGCAGCCAAUGCUUUCAGGGAAAAGAAGGGUCAUUGCUCUUAACAAGAAGGAUUUGGCCAACCCUAACAUCAUGCAUAGAUGGAUCCGUUAUUUUGAUUCGUGUAAACAAGACUGUCUUGCAAUAAAUGCACACAGCAAAAGUUCAGUUCAACAGCUUCUUGAUCUUGUGGAGUUCAAACUGAAGGAAGUAAUCUCAAGGGAGCCUACUCUGCUUGUAAUGGUGGUUGGUGUUCCAAAUGUUGGCAAGUCAGCCUUAAUCAAUUCAAUCCAUCAAAUUGCAUCCUAUCGCUUUCCAUUGCAGCAUAAGACGAAGCGAGCUACAGUGGGACCAUUGCCUGGAGUUACUCAAGAUAUUGCUGGAUACAAGAUUGCUCAUCAGCCUAGCGUAUAUGUUUUGGACACUCCUGGAGUGCUCGUACCAAGUAUUGCAGACAUAGAGACUGGAUUGAAACUAGCUCUUGCAGGCUCUGUUAAAGAUUCUGUAGUUGGCGAAGAGCGUAUUGCUCAAUACUUGCUAGCAGUUCUAAAUACUCGUGGAACUCCAUUUCAUUGGAAGCCCUUGUUUGGCAGAGUAACUGAGGGAGUCAAACCAGCACAUGAUGUCAAAGAUCUUCUACCAAACAGGAGAAAACCCCAAAAUAACUCUGAUGUGCUUUAUGUUGAGAAUUAUGUUACUGAAGUCAAACGUGUAUUGUACACAACCUUGUCUGAAUUUAAAGGUAGUUUGGAGAGUGAAGGGGACUUGGAGAACCUCAUAGACCAGCAAUUUGAUAUGCUCCAAACUGCGUUAAAGAUACCUCACAAAGCAUCAGAGGCGCGUACAAUGGUAUCUAAGAAAUUCCUUGCUUUGUUUAGAAUGGGAAAACUUGGUCCUUUCAUCCUUGAUGAUGUCCCGGAUAUUUCUUGAGUCUGUUUCUUAUAAACGUUCUUGUAGUAGAUUUUCCAAUUUUAUUGGAUGUCCUCCAAGGGACUCUUGUACUGUUAGAUUUUGGUGCCCCCAUCGUAUACUGUACAUGUAAUUAUUGUUGGCUAGGUACGGUGGAAAUUGUAAUUAUGACACUUACAGAAAGGCUGUUUCUGAGCAAAGUUUCUGUGGAUUCCUCAGAUUUUCUAUUUGCUGUUCAUGAAUUUGUUGUAAAAAUUGUCCUCUGAACCAUGUAGCUAGCCGUGGUUGAGGUUUAACCGAAGCUUGCAUGGUGUGAAAACUAAGAGUCCUGUCAUAUUUGGUUGAAUCACUCCAG